AUGCCCCUCCUCGAACUUCCCCUUGAGAUCCUCCAAGCCAUCAUCUCCCAGGCCAUUAUUGACAUUAGCUGGGAGGAGUUCAUCCAGUUGCAGCUGGUUAACAAGGUAUUUGCCCGUCAAGCCAAAGUUGCCCUCUGUUGUUCUAGAGCGCGCUGGCAAUUCCAUACCUGGCAACCCCUUGUAAACGACUAUAUCUGCGCAAGGGCUCUCGCUGCUAAUGUGAACGAGUACUACGCCUUUCGCACGAUCCAGAGCUGUAGGGACUGGAUAGCAGUCAGACAACCUAACGGGCCCGAUCUUCAGAACAUAUGCUAUGCGCUCUCACGCUCAGCCGCCUCCUUCUACAGUCAGCCUUUAACUGAUGCUUGCUACGGCCCAAAAACUGCACUCCAGGAAGCCCACGCAAGACGCGGAGGAGACCAGACUAGCGACUCGACAGAGCAUCGCCUCUCCGCCGCAGCAUGUAUCGGAAAUCUCUCGCUCAUACAGACUCUUAUCGACGAGGGGGCAGAUGUCAACGCGCCAAGUGAUAUCUUCGGAACACCGCUGCUCAACGCUGCUCGCGAGGGCCACCUCCCCGUCAUCCGCCUCCUGCUAAAGAAGGGCGCAGACAUUAACCGCGACUCCAUUGACUGGACGGAAGGCGAGGACCGAAAUGAGCAGUUUGUGCGGAAGUUCCUCAUAGAGGACAUCAAAUGGACGCAUUUCAGUCCCCUAGGCGCAGCGGCAUACGCAGGGCAUGAGGAGACAGUUGCAUUCAUUCUCUCCCCCGAGAUCAACCUCUCCAGAUCCUCGUGCAGCUUUUUCCAUGCCAUUAUAUACGCCGCCUGGAGCGGCAACAUCCCCAUCCUACAAACCAUUUUCUCCGCUGCUGACUUCGCCGCUCUACCGCGCAACCUAAAUAUCAAGAAGAGAGUUCUAAGCACCGCUCUCAAGGGCGCCGCAAGCGGCGGCCACCUCCCCGCCAUGCGUUUCCUCAUCGACAACGGCGCCCCGGUGGGCUUAAUCGCAGACCGCACGCUAGAAGACUCGCCGCUCUCGUACGCCGCCGCGAAGGGGCAGGACGCCGCGAUUGAACUCCUGCUCUCCCGCGGGGCGGAUAUCAACGAGACGAUGUCGCCUACGCCGUCGCCCCUGGCGUGCGCUGUGGAGGGUAUGUUCCCGCGAACGGUGGCGCUACUUGUUGAUCGGGGAGCGGAGGGGCGGGCUUCCCAAUGCAAUGCGUUGGUGCAUUGCGAGGCGUAUUGUGUGUUGCGGGUGCUAUUGGAAAAGGGCGUUCAUCAAUCGUAUCCGUUUGCGGCGAAGCUGGCUCUUUUACAGGCGAGGGAGAAGGAGAGAUGGGAUUUUGUGGAGUUGUUGGAGGGCUAUGGAAUUGUUCCUGAGGGCAUGGAUGAGUUGCCGGGAUGGCUUUAA